UCACAUGCUAGUCAAAGCUGGAUCAGCUGACACCAGCCAGCUUCUCCUUUUUUUUCUCCCUCCUCCAUCGACUCAUAGCGCCCCUUUAAACAGCACUGUUUGUGUUAUCGCAGCGUCAAAUUGUUUUAAUAUUUGAGCCGAGGAGAGCUCGUCGAUCCCCGCAGCGUACACCGCCGGAUAGAUGCUGCUGGAGUGGAUGAUGAACGGACACGCUAUCCUGUACACGGGGGUCACUUUGGCCUUCUGGAGCACCAUACUAAUCGUCGGUAUCUGCUACACCAUAUUUGACCUGGGGUUUCGCUUUGAUGUAGCAUGGUUCCUGACAGAGACUUCUCCUUUCAUGUGGGCCAGUCUGGGAAUUGGCCUGGCCAUCUCUCUGUCUGUGGUGGGAGCAGCCUGGGGGAUCUACAUCACUGGCUCGAGCAUCAUCGGUGGUGGUGUCAAGGCUCCACGAAUCAAAACCAAGAAUUUGGUCAGCAUCAUCUUCUGUGAAGCUGUAGCCAUCUAUGGGAUUAUUAUGGCCAUUGUAAUCAGCAACAUGGCUGAGGACUUUUCUGGAACGACCCCUGAGACCAUCGGAGCAAGGAACUACCAAGCAGGUUACUCCAUGUUUGGAGCCGGUCUGACUGUGGGCUUUUCCAACCUCUUCUGCGGCAUCUGCGUCGGCAUUGUGGGCAGUGGAGCAGCACUGGCAGACGCCCAGAACGCCAGCCUCUUCGUGAAGAUUCUCAUUGUGGAAAUCUUUGGCAGUGCAAUUGGCCUGUUUGGUGUCAUUGUAGCCAUUCUGCAGACGUCGAAAGUAAAGAUGGGCGACUAGAAGAUGUGUUCAUGCUGAGAAGAUAAAAAGACACUGCUGGAAAAUAAGAUUAUUGUGUAAAUACAUCGUAAAUUAUUUAAAUGUCUCUAUUUGCCUGGUAUUGUUUUUAACCACCGUGCUUGCAAGAGUGGUAAGCGUACACCCCCGCUGUCUUGCCUUGAAGGAAACGUCAAUGCCAGUGUUUCAUGCGCAUUUCUUGCUCCUGAAAUAAAUCAGUGAACAGUUCAGCUCGGUGAGCAGUACCAGCAGAAUGUACAUGUUGUGAAGGAUUUUCGAUCCGUUUCUAAACACCAGACGUUCUUUGAGAGCGGUCAAGAUAACUUCCAGCUGAAUCGCUCUCAAAGUUUAAGAAUCGGUUCAUGCAAGAUGGGGUGUUUUGUUUUUCUUAAUGGCGUCCGUCUCUGACCACUCUUGGAUGUACGAUGAGUUAAAAAUUACACUAGAGUAUUUGAAAAUAUUUGUGUGUGUGCGUGUGUGUGUAUGCUGGACACAUGAUCUUUCUUUUGUUUCUUUUUUUUUUUUUCCCUGUGAAGCAUGAGGGUGUUUACCAAUGUGUUUAUUACUGUAGCCUGGUCUGUCAGUUAUUUUUUUGUUUGUUUGUUUUUGUAAUUGUUCAUUGCUUUAAAAAAAAAAAGAAAAAGCAAGUGGUCCUUAAUCCAUGCCGUGGCCCAAAUCCAGUAUUCAUCAGGCCUCCUGCUGUAGAAGUGACAGAGAAUCUAUGAAGUUUACUGAUCUGGAAAUCAUUAGAAAGGUCACUAAGAAAGUUGCACAUGAUCUUUGGGAGGCCAAACAGUGUCAGAUCGCAGCAGCAGAGCUGCUCUGAAUCUGUCAUCCUGUCACUCAUUUCUUCCCAAAACAGAAUUCAAAUGUCUACAUUUGAAUGAGCCUCCUGAACAUAGCUGCCAGCCCCCGUAACUUCCAUGUUUUCCCUCUCAGAGUCUUAAGUAGGUUAUGCUCCCUUUGCAGUAGAUUUUACAGGGAUGAAUUAGACAUUAGAGUUUCACAGAAAGAUUCACAGAAUGCUUUUCUUUUAAGAGGAAUCUUCAUCUAAGUGUUGUGCACAGAGAUCAUUAACAAGCUCACGAGGAAACAAAGAUGAUCUUGGCUCAAAGCAGAUUUUUAGGAAAGCUAAUGUGUUGGGCCACAAGUGAACAAAGUCAACAUUGCUAUCCUCUUUCUCAAGUCAUUAUUCAUACUUAUUAUCUUGGAAAGCACCUCAGUUACUAGCAUGAACUCACUCUCCAUAGUAACUUCAUGUUUGCUGUAGCCUUACCACCGUUGUAUGUGAGGUGUUUUUUGGGAAGAUGAUCUUGUUUAGGCCGCUAAUUUCCAGUGGUUUAGCUCCCAAAACACAUGUUCAACAACUUUUUACAAAUAUCUUGAUUUUACACAAAAAUCAAUCGUCCAAUUUUCUUUAUUAUAUUUUGAAAUAUCCUGUUUUGAAUGUACAUUUUAACAUAUUCAAUGCUGUGUUCCCAAAUGAUUCCCCAACAUUCCUUUAAGGAAGCUUAAUGUUUGUUUACAGCUCUUUUGUGUUUGAGUGCAAUUUGAGUGACAAGAUACAUCUACAUCGUAACAAAGCUAUCCUUUUGUUACAUCUUUGUCAUCAAAGUUUGUACUUUCCGUCAGCUGGUAGCUACGCAGCAGCAGUCUCAGCUGUUGCGUACUGAUGCUGACUUGUAAAUCUGGCUAAACAGAUUGUUUUUCUGAACCUUUGGCCGCCAGCUGACAGAAGAAAAAAGUUGACGUGAGCGCCCGAUACAACGCUCGUAUGUAAAACGCAUUUGGUCGCACUUUUGUGUUCUUGAUGCAUCAUUCCACAAGUUAAGAUGACAGACCAUGGCUAAUUGUGAAUCGUCUCAAGUCUUUUCCUGUAUUUUUUUUUUCCUUCCAGCCCUCUUGUGGAGUUGUGAAUGAUAUAUAAAUAAACACUGAAUCUUUACAUGUGGAAACUGGAUUGUCUUCAAUAUAAUCCAGAUCUGGCCUCCCAAAGGUGCGACUCAGAGAUUCCUUUGGUAAACGAGGCUCUGUACCAAACCCCAGGCUUUCAGUGACUGUAGUUGGUACCGUGUGUGCAUUAUGUUGAUGUGAUGGUGAUCAGAGAAUAACUCAUUGUUUUUGACAUUGUGUAUUAUAAUAAUAACAAAACACAGAUCGUCCUUCUGGCUUCAUAAAUGUCCUUGAGAAAAUAAAAUUGUCCAAUCAAGA